UAUAAAAGCUCUCCUCUUUCUAACUGCGACAUUCUCCUUCACUAUCUGUCAACAUGGCCGGCACUGUGGCGAACAAGUGUCUCAGUCCUCUGACUUUCCUCACCAGGAGGCUCGCUGCUCCGGAGUUCAUCAGCCAGUGCUGCUACCACCAGAAGGUGGUGGAUCAUUAUGAGAACCCGAGAAAUGUGGGCACGUUGGACAAACGCUCCAAGAAUGUUGGGACUGGAUUGGUGGGCGCUCCAGCCUGUGGAGAUGUGAUGAAGCUCCAGAUUGAGGUUGAUGACAUGGGGAAGAUUGUGGAUGCCAGGUUCAAAACCUUUGGCUGUGGUUCUGCUAUUGCCUCCAGCUCUCUGGUCACCGAGUGGGUGAAGGGCAAAUCUGUGGACGAAGCUUUGACAAUCAGGAACACUGACAUUGCCAAAGAGCUCAGUCUUCCACCAGUUAAACUUCACUGCUCCAUGCUUGCGGAGGAUGCCAUCAAGGCUGCCCUGGCUGACUAUCGCCUCAAGCAGCAGGACGACCAGCAGGAGGCAGUCCGGGCCAGCUUGUAAAACGGAGCGCACUCACUCUGAGCCGGGGCGCCACUGUUGCUUCCUGCUGUCAAGAUGAGAAGUAGUCCAGCAUCCUCACUUUGUCCUGCAGUAUUGAUGAUUGAUGUCACCGUCGUCAACCCUCCGUAGCAGUGUCACACCAGGCAUUCCGUAUUAGUCUGCGGUCCUCUGUAUCUUUUAGCCUGUCACGUAAACGCACAAUGUAAGCACUGUCUGGGCUUUGUGGUACAAAGGUGGGCCUUAUAUUUGAGAUUUUAGGAUUUUGUGCAGGGGGAGUGUUUAGUUUGAACGGUGUGAUGGAGACAAUGAUUAAAGGCUAAGAGCUGUAUCCUAUCUGCACCCUAAACACUGACCCUUUUGUUAUGCAAAGUGGCUUGAAACAAUGAAAGGGUCCAUUUGGCUUUAAGUGUAAUUUAUGAUUAUUAAGCAAUGCUUCCUUGAAUAGUUGCAAUAAAAGUAUCCUGAAACCAAAACUA